CAAAAUCCUAAUCCCUGACAGUAGCAUUAAAUAUAACUUGUAAGCUAGGGUUUCAUUUCAAUUGGAUCCCGAUAAAUUGCUAUAGACGAUGAUGGAUCUAGAGGUGGUGGGGCGCCAUGCCCUGCUGUUCGACGACGAUGCCAUGGCGUCGUUUGUGAACUCCGGUGACGCACUCGUCGAGUGGAAUUCCCUACUAAUCGACCGCUACGACGUCCGCCACCUCCUCUCCGGUCCACUGCCUCCCGGCAGGCGGCGCAAUCCUCAAACUUCUCCUCAUCUCAUCGAAUCGUCACAUAAUUCUGAGCUCGAUCACGAACGCUACCUCGACCUUCCUCCCCCUUCCGAUGAACCAGAAGCAGAAGAGGCUGAAAAGCCUGGGGAUGCUGGGGGUUAUCGUGCUGUGGCCUUUUCUUAUGAAAACACCAAUGGCUCAGCUGACCAGAAUGACGCAGAUGGGGGGCUAGAAUGUGCUAAAUUCCUUCCUCCGUUCCCUGUGCCUGAGAGCCUUCUUCAUAGCUUGCCUCCAUCAGAGAAAGUACAUCAGAUUAUUGCAAGGACUGCUAAAUUUGUCAGCAAACAUGGUGGGCAGUCAGAAAUUGUAUUGAGGGUGAAACAAGGAGACAAUCCAACAUUUGGGUUCUUGAUGCCUGACCAUAAUCUUCACGCAUACUUCACGUUUCUUGUCGAUCACCAAGAAUUAUUGCAGUCAGAUAGUGAUGGCAAAACUCAAUCUUUAGAUGAAACUGCUGAUACUAACCAGAAUAAGGCGGGUGUUGGAGGCGCUUUGUCUUUGCUAGGUUCUGUAUAUGGGUCUGGAGAGGAUGAGGAGGAUGCAAACGAAACUGGAAAUGCUGUUCCAGACAAAGUCAUGAAUACAACCAGUUCAGUUGUUUCUCAUGGUUCAGAAAAGACAGAUUCUAGUUCAAAUGCGCCUGAGAAAAAGGAACCUCUUGCAAAGCGUCCAGUUCAUACUAAUGACAAGCUUUCUGCUCUGAAGAAAAAUCCUUCAAUUGCAGCAUCUAAGCCUGGAAGAACAACUAAUGUUAAAAAGGAUCAUGUCUCAGGCUCAUAUUUGGCUUCUUCGGAGAAGUUAAAGGAACCUUUAUUUUUAGAGCCUCCUUCUGAUCUGAAGAGAUUGAUUGACAAGGUUGUUGAUUUUGUUCUGAAGAAUGGAAAGCAGUUUGAGGCUGCACUCCGUGAGCAGGACAGUAAACAGGGGAGGUUCCCGUUUCUUGUGCUGUCUGACCAGUAUCAUCCAUACUACCUAAAAAGCCUCCAAAAAGCUCAGGAGUCAAAAGUGAGUGCCAAGAACACCUAUGGGGAGGAUGAUUCAGCAAGACUUUGCCUAGACAAGAAUGAGUAUAUGUCGUCCAACUAUCUUUGUUCUGAUAUUCCAGAUGAAUCUGACAGGAAAGAGAAAUUUAAAAUGAUAAUUGGUAAAUCAAGAAAGGAUCUACAGGACCCACCUUCUAAAGCAACCCAGCAAGACUGUGGAGUAAGUUUAGAUGCAGAAGCUGCUGCAGCUAUUCUUCAGGCUGCCACAAGGGGCUUCAGAAUUCCAAAUAGCGUCAGUUCGAGCACAGCUCGCAGUGAUAACAGUGGGGGCCAUGACAAGGACGUUGGACAGGCCUCAGGCUUUGGGUCCAAUUCUUUGGGCUAUAAGGCAGAGGAAAAAGCUGCCGUUUUUGAAACUAGCGGUGGGGCUGACUCUGAAGCACACUUGACCAGAGAGCAGAAGCUGAAAGCUGAAAGACUGAAAAGGGCAAAGAUGUUUGUGGCCAUGUUAAAAAGUGGAGCUGUGCCCUCAAAAACUGAGCCCUUGCGUGCUUUGUCAGUAGAACCUUCGGAACCAGGGGUUUCAGGAUCCCCUGCUGAAGUUAAUGAUGGUAUUAAAGAAAGAGAAUGCAGCUCAGCCCCUACAGAUAUUAUUAUGUUGGAGAAAAAUGAAAAUCCUGAGAGAAACAGUUUGAGUGAUGAACGGAGAUCAAAGAGGAAUUACCGAUCAAGACCUGAGAGAUGUGAAGAAAAUGAUGAUGAAAAUAAUGAUGAGGAAGAAUUGGAACAGGAUAACUCUAAGGAGGAGCAUGAAGGAGGACAAGAUGAAGAGAGAAAGAAUCACAAGCACUCCAGAAAGAAGCAUCACUCGCAUCAUUCUUCCCGUGAAAAGGAUUAUGAUGACGAUUACAAGAAGGAAAAGUCGCAUAGGCGAUCCAGAAAGAGGCACCGAUCUCAUCGUUCUUCUCAUGAAGAUGAUGAUGGAGAAAAAGAUACUGAUACAAGUUAUCAUAAACAGUCGAGCAAGAAGCAUUCAUCUCGUCGAUCUUCACAUGAAAAAGAGGAUAAAAAGGAUCACAAGCACUGUAGAAAGAAGCACCAGUCUUAUCGUUCUUCACAUCGAAGUGGAGGCAGUCCUAAGCGCCAGAAAGUUUAUUCAUCUGAGGAUGGAGACAUUCAACUAAAAAAGCGUGACUGCUCUUCUAGUCCCGAGAAUGAGCAUUAUGAUAGAUAUGUUGGAGAUAGAAAGAGAUCUUACUCAGAAAAAGAUGAAUUGGAGGAAGGCGAGAUCAGUCCUAAAUUCUCUGAUCAUUCUAGGGUUGCGGGUGGUCAUCAUAGCCGUGAAACUUCUGUAGACAUGGCAAGUACAUAUUCGAGGGCUUCUUCUCAACCCUCUGAGACAACCCAAAUCUCUGAUGAUCUCAGGGCCAAGAUACGGGCAAUGCUGAUGACAACUAGGUAAAAGUGCUUUCAGCAUUGAUCGAACAACGGGAAAAAUAGAGGAGGACGGGGAAGUAAGAGACAUGGACAAAAGUAGCCGUGUCUUCUUCUCUCUAUGAAACAGAAAGCUGUACACUCGUAAUUUACCACAGGUUUUGACAAUAUAUUGUCACCGAUUUGAGCAAUGGGUUGAAAUUCAAAAUUUUCGUUUUUCCCUUAUGUA